UUUAAAUGUCAAAUUAAGUGUAAUACAUUUAAUUAAAAUACUUAAACCUAAGUACAAUUAAGUACAUACAUACUUUAUAUUUAUGUUAGUUAUUAAACGCAUAAGCACCGGGACGUUUGCAUUUUUGACGACAAAGUAAAGGAAAAUGACAAAUAUGAUCCCGAUGAUGUGCCCUAUCACGCUUACAGAACCGAACCUGGGAAAACGUCAGUUUCAACUCAACAACAUGGUCAAUGAAGCUUACAAAAACAGAAUUUCAUUUGCUGAAAUUCAGAAUUUACCGGAGAAGUCUCCAGUAGAUAGAUUAUUCAAGAUAGACAUGGCGUCCAAACUGCGAAACGUAGACUUCAUAAUCCAAAACCUCCGAGAUGAAGAUAUGUUGUAUGUGAGUCGAGCACUGAAGUCCAAGUGGUUGUUGGACCCUGCUCAUGAGGCUAUCAUGACGCCCCAGUGGUUGGAAGAUGAACUGUUUCCUACAAUGUUUACAACGGCUGUCAGCAAGAUGAAGAACUGGUUAUAUUUGAAUCUCAAAGAUGAACUACGUUGUCGAAAAUUCUAUCAGUUCUACAAAGAAAAAGAAUUUCAUUAUGCUAUGAAAUUUUUCGUACAUUGUUCUCAGGAUUACAUAAACAGUGAAGUCUGUGACAUCUUGGGACGUUUGUCUCCACAGCACUUUAAAAUCCUGUGUGAGAAGUGUCCGCAGGUUGCGGAGAUGUAUUUCAAUGAAGUUCAUAGUGAUGACGAAAUACUAACAAAAUUCUUGGAUAACCAACAAGCUUAUUAUAUUGGUUUAAAAGGUAUUUUAAAACAGGAUCCAACUACAUUUUUUAAAAUAUCAGAAGAGAUUUUUGAGAAGAAAUAUAAUCCUUCGCUGACUAGAUACAUCAUGAAACAUCACAGAGAUAAGUUCAACAGAAAGCCUGAGCUCUAUGCAGCUCUGUUGCUGCACACCAAGACAUUAGCUCAGUGUCUGAGUGCCGAGGAGUGCAAGCAACUUGUUCUUAGGCUAGCUCGGGCUAAUUAUCUUAGUUACUGGUUCACCUACAGCAAUGUGGAACCACUAAUCAAGAGACUGAAGCCUGAAGAACGAGCCUCCUUUAAGAAACAAGUAUUUGUGAACAAGGAUGUGGGUACUAUUGUGGAAGAAUGGCCGUAUAGUAUUCCAGCUCUGCCUACACAGCCAUCAUAUUUAAAUGGAACUCAUGUUUUUGAUGACCAAGAAUACUCUCAGGGUCUGUGUGAAUCAAAGCUGCUUGGUAUUAAGAGACUAAUAAAAAAGAAAUGUGCUAAAUGGUCUGAGUGUGACAUAGUACAAUGUGAAGCUUUGAAAUCAUACUUAGAUCAGCUCUUUGAUGAAUAUAGAUUUACUGGUUUCGGUAAGACAUUCUAUGAAAUAUCCAAAAGGAUAAAAUCUGAAAGCACAUACAAAAACCGUGAAUACAUGAUGCUUGUUCUGGUAAGUAAAACUGGCGGCAAACCGGAAUGUGUUGCUUCGCUCUUAGAGCUGUUACGGCAGCACAGUAACGAGCCAGCCAACUUGAAGGCUGCAGUGGUCAGAAGCCUUGUGAAGCGUGCUGCAGUGUGGCGUCUACCGCAGGACACGUGGGAGACCCUAAUGGUGUUCGCACAAGGACUAGGUCUCGACGGAGGCCCCGCUGAAGCCGAGUGUCACGAAGGGUUGCACGCUGUUGUCAUGCGGCAGCUGUUGGACAGCGGUGAUGUGGAGGCUCCCGUGCGCGAGGCUUUUCUGAAGAAUUUCUCUCUGUUCGACCAGUACUCCGUGAAUGCCGAUGAACACCAAGUGAUUAAAGAGCGACUUCCCAAUCUACUACUAGCUGCAGUUGACGCAGAAUCAGAUCCCCAAGUUCGCGCCGGGCGCCUUUGUCUGCUAUUGGACACUCUGCAGACUUACAAAGUUCCGGUGGAAACGACAGCCCUGAUCCCUGCUGUAACGCAUCUAGCGGCACUCGACUCCUCUUCUGCUGAAGGUAUACUGCGGCGUCUCUUUGAUGCAAAGAUUGCUCGCCGCAUGCUAUUCUGCGAGAAUUUUACUCUGAUCCAAACUGAUGAGUCUUACCUGAAUGCCCUGCGUCAUGACACUUCUGUUUUAGACCUGAACAAGUUUGUAGAAUUAAUUGAAAGAAAAAAAAUGCGUCCUGAAAAGUUUCUGAGGAAACUGUCGAUAUAUUUCACAGAAAGAGGUGGCCUAGCCGAUGUGUACCUUGCAUCCUUGAGGGGCCGUGUGGUGGCGAAUCCCGAGGUGAAGCAGUCCCUGGCACGGCCGCUGUGCAUCCUGCAAGGAGCAGAUCUGACAUUCCUCAGAGGACUCGACACGAGUCAGAAGCACACCGCGCGGUUGGCGGCAACUGUUAGAUGUAACAUGCAUGUCGGCAGACGCAAGCUCCGCCUGGACGAGACGACCUUGACUGAAAUCGGCCCCAAGGCCGCGGCCAACAAGUUUCUAUCGUGUCCAGCGUCGCAAGUAGACAGUAACGUGCGAUUGUUGCUUCAGUGUCCACGUACUGUUAGAUUAGCUUUAAUAUUGGCUGAAAGAAUUGGCAAAGAAUUUGAGGCUUUUGUUACGGCAUCUUUUCUAAGACCUGCAUCUAUAGUAAUGUCUGCCAUAAAGUAUUUUAAACGUGCUGGUUCUUCGGUCGAUAUUCGUGUUUGGACCACGGUUAAGCCUAUUAUAGAAAAAACAGAUUUUUCUAAAUAUGUUCGGAAGAGCCCACAUGAAUUUAUAGCAGAUAUAAAAUUCAUUCCACCAGAAAUUCAACCAGAAUACUUUGUCACUAUUAUCCAGACUCUAAAAAUGCUCAACUACUUACCUGCGCUCUCACACAUGUACUCACUAGUGUUGAACCUUAAUCAAAAUUUUGUUGAUCACACGAUGUUGGAGUUCCUUGAUCGAUUGUCUUGCGUUUCGUCAAAAGACACAGAACGAAAGCUUAUGGUUACAAAGCGAUAUAUCCGUAUUUUGAUGAAAUAUUUACUUAUGUGUAAGUCUGAAGAAAUACAAAAGGAGAGGUUUGAAAAAUUAGGGUAUCCAUUUUUGAAAUGUCUCGAGUCAGUCAACAGAGAGCACGAAGAUGCUAUUUUCGAUUAUAUGGGCGUUAUGUUAACGUGCAUUCGUUGCAACGAAAUUUUCGAUCCCAGCUAUGUGUCUCCGCUACCAAUUUUGGACAAAAUUAUUUCUUGGAUGAACCUCACUUUCCCUAUCGAAAAACAUUUAAAAUGGCACUUGUCGCUUCACCUCACGAAAUCGUUCUAUAGAGCCGUGAAGCAAAGUGUUGUGGAUGCGCCUUGUGUUUUCGAGGAUGAGAAACGAAAGAGAACAGAAGGAGUCGACCUGGUGGGCCGAUUGUUCGGUCGGCUAAUAGCAGCCGACAUUGAGGAAAUGACAUCGAAGUAUUUUGAUUCAUUCGCCAUAUUGUACCAACAACUGUUAAUCGAGUAUUUUUCCGAUCAAUUCGAGUACAGUAAGUCGCUGAUGGAAUUCAUGAUCUCGGUGAUGAAAGGGAUCUCAGAGACAAACAGAACCGGUGGAGUAGUCGCCUUACGUUUUUAUAACGACAUAAGACUGAGGUACUGCAUAGAGGAAGACAUCAACGCACAUAUACUGAAUGAUUUUAAAUUGAAAAAUGACAAUGAAGUCAACUUCUUUAUGUUCGGUGAAUGUUACACAUCUUUUUAGACGGAUAUUAACCCUUUGACUGUCGUGUAGUUCACCAGUGCCCUCCGUGGCGCACUGAUGUAAUUAUGUCGAUCUCUGUCUGAAGGCGCCGGAAUAUUUAGUAGACUCGGGAAAAGACAAAUCCGAAGAUACCUACUGAGCAUGAAUCUAUUUCUAAGAGACCUAAAAUACUAAAACAUACAUUAAAAAUACAAGAAGACAAAGUAAGGGAAUCCAGGCGCUUAGUAAUAGAAUUACAACAAAUAAUUACAACAGUGCGCCACGUAGGGCCCCGGUGACCUACACGGACGCUAAAGAGUUAAAAGAUUGAUAUCAACAUAUUAUGAAGUGCAUUUCUUGAACAGUUUUUAUUUCUAACAUUUUGUUUAAUUUAAAUUAUAUAAUUUAUCCAACGGCAUUAUUCUUGCUCCUGUUACACAUGAGAGUAAUAUGUUUUUUAAAAUCUGGCCAGUUUAAACCAAAUACGGAAAUGUGGAUCUCAUGAUGCCGAUGACGAUGCAGGCAUCGAGCUGGUUGCGGGGGGAGGGAGGUUGUGGGGGUACGCCAAGCAAGCGCGUCGGUCGUCGGUAUGUGAUUUGCAACCCAAUUGAGAUACUAUUUUGGAAGGUUUAACGUCCUCGUAAUGAGGACUCCGUUGAGCGGUUGGUGGUGCAAGGGAAAGUCUCUCAAAGAUCUCCAACACGAUGGUCGACCUCAUAAAAUCGGUGACUCACUC